AUGCGUGCUUUGCUGCCGUUAAUAUUCAUUUUUCAGUUUUGCGACGCCGCAAUUUACACGACCCCGAUCUACAAUGCCACACGGGACCCCGCGAUCAAGGUGCUGAUUGGUUCACCUGUCCAAACGAUGUAUUGUAACUACAUGGACGUCGAUUAUUUUGGGAUGAUUAUAAUUGAUGGAUAUGAUAUUACUCAAUCCGUCUCUGCCAAGAACAUUUCUGUCACCGAUGAUGGUGAAUUCACGAACGUCAGGGAUACCGUAAUCAUUGCCAAUAUGCCGAUCAUCAACUACGAUUUUCAAGUCCUAAAUACUGGCGCCAAGAGGCCGAAAAAUAAGAUGUUCUGGGGAAACUGUAAUCUGUUCAUGGGCCGGUUGAAUAAUGGCACAAUGGUUCAACCGGUAAAAGGACUUGCCAAAUACCUUGACGCGCCGAUCCUGACGUACUAUAUUCAGAAUUUUACUGCCGACGUCACGAUGGGCCAGAUGACGCUUGGGGCGGUGGACAGCGAGCAUUGCGAAAAUUAUAAGUGGUACCCGACGAAUGGUGGAGAAUCGUAUUGGAAUGUCUGGUUUACAGGAGCCCAAGUCGGGAAUGAAACCUUCAACCAAGCCGGAUAUGGUGCUCUCUAUCUAACUGAUGGCACUCACAAUGUUCCAACCGCCGUCUUGCAGGCUCUGGUGAAGGCCGGUGACAUGAAGUGGUACGCGCCGCAGCAAAAGUAUCGCGUGCACUGCUCCAAGGCCCCGAAAAUGCCGUCACUGACCUUCUUCAUCCAGGGCGACCCGAUGGAGCUGCAGUGGGACGAUUAUUUGGAAUCCCACGAUGACAGCUACUGCUACCUGAUCAUGGACGAUCAAAACCCGCUACCCUUCAUCUACACGGUCCAGUACUACUUCCAACGAUACUUCUGCCUCGCUAUAAACUACAGGACCUUGGAGGCCGGCCUCGGAAAAGUGAAAACACACUUGUCGACAGCAAGCAUCUACGAAAUUCCGAUCUACAACACUUCACGAAAUCCGGGCAUUCUCGUGAAGAUUGGGAAUCCAGCGCAGACAAUAUACUGUAAUUACAUCAACGAAAAUCACUACGGGAUGAUUGUGGUGGACGGGUAUGAUCCGAGUCAAUCCGUGUCAGCGAAAAACAUUUCCGUUGUGGAGAAUGGUGAUUUCACGCUUAUGGAAGACACCAUCUUUAUCGCCAACAUGCCCCUCACCUCCUAUAGGUUUAAGUUUUUGAACUAUGGGGCCAAGCCAAAAAUGCGUCUAGUGCACGGGAAUUGCAAUUUGUUUAUGGGGAGACUGGAUAAUGGAACGAUGGCAUCACCGGUGGCUGAAUUUAAUAAAUACCUUGACAAGCCGAUAAUUACCUAUUAUUUGAGCAAUUUCACGGCCGACCUCGAAAUGGGACGCAUGACGCUUGGUGCAAUUGAUACAACCCAUUGCGGUGCCUUCAAGUGGUAUAAUACCUCGGGAAACUCGCAGUGGAACGUAAAGUUUACCGGCUACUCAAUCGGAAGCAAUUUUACCCCAGCCAUCGGUUCUGGAGAUCUGUACCUGUCCGAUGGGAUCUCGUUGGCUCCUAGCAGUCUCAUCAACAAGCUAAUAUCUUACGGCAACUUUGAAUACGAUAAUUUGUGGGAUAUGUUUGCUAUUCCUUGCUCGGAUUGGCCGGCCAAUAUGCCGGACAUUGGGUUUAGGGUGUAUGAGGACUAUACGGUAAUCAUGAAGCCGGAAGAUUACAUGGAACAAAUAUAUGACAAUUGCUACAUCUGGAUCCGUGAUGGUGCUGCUUGGCGAUCGACUACGGUAGCCUACAAGUUGGCUUCCGCCGCCUCUUCAUGCGCUGACGUUGGGCCAAAAUGCAAGAAAUUUCUAACCGGUCUCCUCACCAAAUUAACUGACAGCUUUACUGUGAACGACGAGGUGGUGUGCAAGGUGAGCAAAGACCUCGGAAACCAGGUGGUGCAGGGGGCUACAUUUGAGAAAUGUACCGAAGCUCUCUCCAACAACUCCGACAGCUACGUGAGCACACUAAUGACGACCAAAAUCGCGUUGGCACCAACCUUGACAAGUUUUAUGAGCUGCUUGGGAAGAAUUAACAAGGAAAAGGGCCUGUUCGACUUCCUGUCCGACACGCUACUGGUGGCCAUCAAGAACAAGCUGAAAAAGGCGUACAAUAACAAGAUCCGCCCCAAGAUGCUAAAGAUGAUCGAAAACGGCAAGUCGAUAGCGCUGCGCCUUGAGGAGUCGUGCGCGUUGGGAAACGCAAUGGCCAAUGUCAAGAAUAUUAAGGCUAUCGUCAAGAACAACAUGAAGCUGACGUACAAGGAGACGUGGCAAAAAUGCAUCGCCGACGGGCUGAUCAAGAAGGGAUUCCUGAAGAUCGGGAAGUUCAUCGGUCCCAAGUUCACGUGCAAGCAGGCCACGCCUUCCGGA